AUGUUACAGGGGAACGGACUAAAAAAGUGGAUUAGUCACACCACAGAGGAGUGGCGCCCAAGUCACACCACAGAGGAGUGGCGCCCGAGUCACACCACAGAGGAGUGGCGCCCGAGUCACACCACAGAGGAGUGGCGCCCGAGUCACACCACAGAGGAGUGGCGCCCGAGUCACACCAGAGGAGUGGCGCCCGAGUCACACCACAGAGGAGAGGCGGCCGAGUCACACCACAGAGGAGUGGCGCCCGAGUCAAACCACAGAGGAGUGGCGCCCGAGUCACACCACAGAGGAGUGGCGGCCAAGUCACACCACACCACAGAGGAGUGGCGGCCGAGUCACACCACAGAGGAGUGGCGGCCGAGUCACACCACAGAGGAGUGGCGCCCGAGUCACACCACAGAGGAGUGGCGCCCGAGUCACACCACAGAGGAGUGGCGCCCGAGUCACACCACAGAGGAGUGGCACCCGAGUCACACCACAGAGGAGUGGCGCCCGAGUCACGCCACAGAGGAGUGGUGCCCGAGUCACGCCACAGAGGAGUGGCGCCUGAGUCACACCACAGAGGAGUGGCGCCCGAGUCACACCACAGAGGAGUGGCGCCCGAGUCACACCACUGAGGAGUGGCGCCCGAGUCACACCACAGAGGAGUGGCGCCCGAGUCACACCACAGAGGAGUUGCGCCCCAGUCACACGACAGAGGAGUGGCACCCGAGUCACACCACAGAGGAGUGGCGCCCGAGUCACACCACAGAGGAGUGGCGCCCGAGUCACACCACAGAGGAGUGGCACCCGAGUCACACCACAGAGGAGUGGCGCCCGAGUCACACCACAGAGGAGUGGCGCCCGAGUUACACCACAGAGGAGUGGCGCCCGAGUCGCACCACAGAGGAGUGGCGCCCGAGUCACACCACAGAGGAGUGGCGCCCGAGUCACACCACAGAGGAGUGGCGCCCGAGUCACACCACAGAGAAGAGGCGCCCGAGUCACACCACACCACAGAGGAGUGGCGCCCGAGUCACACCGCAGAGGAGCAGAGAGGCGCCUCUUAGUGCCCCUUAG